AUGUCGGAUGAUUCGGAGGUGGAGGUUGUGUCCGUUGCGGACCCAUCCUCUCCACCAAGAUCGCGAAGCGCAUCUGCGAGCACACCAGCGCCCAAAGCAUACACGCUUCGAGUCGUACCGUCGCCGAUAUCCGAUGCGGAUGGAUAUGAGUACGUGGAGGAUUCAUACGAGGUCUACAAAGUGUUAAAAGAGCAUGAGGAUGUGGACUCGCUCGAGUACACGGUAAUGUUCAUGGACACACAUACAGAGAGGAUAACGUUUGAGCGACUCUUAGAACUGGACAACGGCCCCACAGCUCUUGAACGCUUCCAGGAACAUCCAGAUCCAUCAACUUCAGAGGACGAGUUGACAAGCGACAUGAGACUGAGGUUGACAAUUGACCGCGAAGAUGUCGAAGCCAGUGUCACCACAAGUCGGAGCGGACGACGCGGAAAGAGGGGUAUGAGGUUCAGCAAGCCCCUCCGCCGGACCAGCCGCAGAAACAGUGCAAUUACCUUGGCUUCCAGCGACGACGAUGACGAGGAUGAGGACGAGACGGAGGAGGAUAGCGACGACAGUGGUCCGAGGCGGAGCAGGCGCACCCGUCAGAUGCCAAAGCGAGCCUCUCGCCCCGCAACCCGGCUCACUCGACGAGCGUACCGGCAGCAAGAGUCGGAAGAUGAAAGCGACGAGGAUGAUUCCGACUCGGACCCAUAUGCGCUCAUACAGUCAGACAUUCUACCGCGCCGCAAGAGAAAGCGUGGUUCAGGUGCGGAACUCUCGUCCAAGAUACCUCGUACCGGGACCCGCCGUUCAGAUCGAGCUACCCGCCAUCAAGACAACAUGGAAGAGGUAGCCAUUGACCUGGAGCUGUUCCGCGCCGAUGAACCCAAACGUCCGGCUCCGCCGAAGGCAACUGGUGCGCGUGAGGUAUUCCAAGAACUUCCCCGCAAUGAUCCCUUCCGCAAUUGGCACAUCCAGCAGUGCGAUACUUGCGGCGAUGGCACCACCGUUGGACCUCUUAUCUACUGCCAGGGCUGCGUACUGGCAUACCACAAGGGCUGCCUCGGUCAUCGUACCGGCCGCGAGCAUCUGGUAACAAAGGUUUCUGAUGACAACUUCGUCCUCCAAUGCCGUCGUUGCAUCAACGCUCACCACAGGAAGGACAUGCUCGCCCCCGACCUAGGUAGGUGUCAAGUCUGCAAAGAGACGGGCAAAUCUUGCACCGCUUUCCGCCAGCGUAAGACGGCUAUGCAAGAACAACGCGAGCGCGAGGAGAACGAUGGAGAAGAUCCAAUCACCGACGUGGGCCCGAAUCUUAUCAACAACCGGUUCAACAUCCUCUUCCGCUGCUCAUCUUGCUGGCGUGGGUUUCACUUCUAUCAUCUCCCGCCCAAAUCACCUCAUCACAUGGAUAUCGAGGAAGAUGAGGAAGAAACUGCCGAGCGUAGGUUCGCUGAGUAUUCACAGGCCUGGCAAUGCAAGGAAUGCUCGGAUAUGCCGGCAAAGGUCUCCGGAUUGAUUGCCUGGAAGCCGGUUGACGAAGAAAACUACAUUGCCGGCACAUCCUGUGAGAAUGCGCAUGAGGAUGACAAGGCGUAUCUUGUCAAGUGGGACAAACUGUCCUACUUCCGUGCAUCUUGGAUGCCAGGAGCUUGGACCUGGGGAGUGACCAACGUCACCAUGCGCAAAGCGUUCUUUAAGAAGGACACCGGCCCUAAGAUGAGGACGGAGGACGCAAUCCCCGAAGAAUACCUCCGGAUCGAUAUUGUCUUGGACGUCAAAUACACUAGCAUCGUCGAGAUUCUUAGCGAGGAAAUCGACAAGGCACGUAUCAAAGAGGUUGACCAAGCUCUCAUCAAAUAUAAGGGCCUCGGGUACGAAGACGCCGUCUGGGAGAAAGUGCCUGUUCCUGAAGAUGGUGACCGCUGGACCGAUUUUGUCACAGCGUAUAACGACUGGGUGCUCGGUCGCUACACCAACGCUCCAAAGAAAGGUCCUCUGCAAGUUCGCCUCGAGAAGGCUCGUUCCCAGCCAUUUACCAAGCUUGAGAAGUCGAAGCAGCCCGAUAUCCUCCAGUCGGGUAUGGAACUAAUGAAGUACCAAAUUGAUGGUCUCAACUGGCUUUAUUAUCAGUGGUACUCCAAGAAGAACGGCAUCCUCGCUGAUGAGAUGGGUUUGGGUAAGACCAUCCAAGUCAUCGCCUUCUUGGCCACUUUGAUCCAGGAUCACAGCUGUUUCCCAUUCCUGGUUGUGGUUCCGAACUCAACUUGCGCGAACUGGAGACGAGAAAUCAAGCACUGGGCCCCUUCACUCCGUGUUGUUACGUAUUUCGGUUCAUCUCAAGCGCGGAACAUGGCGUACCAGUAUGAGAUGUUUCCAGAGGGCAAGAAGAGUCUUUGUUGCCACAUCGUUGUGACCUCCUACGAUGCUGCUGCCGACGACAGUUGUCGGAAGUUCCUCAAGAGCGUCAAUUGGGCCGGCCUCAUCGUUGACGAGGGCCAGCGCCUGAAGAACGACAACAGCAUACUCUACAACGCCUUAAAUGCUCUUAAGAUUCCUUUCCGUCUUCUACUUACCGGUACCCCUCUACAAAAUAAUGCCCGUGAGCUCUUCAACCUGCUACAAUUCCUUGACGACGAUAUCGACGCCGCUGGACUUGAGGAAGAGUAUGAGGAAAUGACGAAAGAAAAGAUCAUAAAGCUUCACGACCUAAUUCGCCCAUACAUCCUCCGCCGUACGAAGGCGCAGGUGCUUACCUUCUUACCUCCGAUGGCCCAAAUCAUCGUGCCUCUUUCAAUGAGCGUCCUUCAAAAGAAGCUUUACAAGUCAAUCCUGGCGAAGAACCCAGAGCUUCUUAAGGCUCUUUUCUCUACAGAUCGCCAACUCAAGCCCAACGAGAGGUCUAAUCUCAGCAAUAUCCUGAUGCAGCUACGAAAGUGCCUCUGUCACCCGUUCAUCUACAGCCAGGAGAUUGAAGAGAGGACCGACGUUGCUGCAAUUUCGCACCGGAACUUAGUCGAAGCAUCAGCAAAGCUCCAUUUCCUUGAACUGAUGCUGCCUAAGCUCAAAGAGCGGGGACACCGCGUCUUGAUUUUCAGUCAGUUCCUCGACAUGCUCGACAUUAUUGAAGAUUUCUUGGAUGGUUUGGAAAUGGGCUACCGCCGACUUGACGGCACUAUCGGCUCUCUGGAGAAGCAGAAGCGCAUUGACGAGUUCAACGCUCCUGAUUCGCCUUUGUUCGCAUUCCUGCUGUCUACCCGCGCCGGAGGUGUUGGUAUCAACUUGGCGACUGCCGACACAGUUAUCAUCUUGGACCCUGACUUCAACCCUCAUCAGGAUAUUCAAGCUCUUUCCCGUGCCCAUCGAAUCGGCCAAAAGAAGAAGGUCCUGUGCUUCCAGCUUAUGACUCGCUCCAGCGCAGAGGAAAAGAUUGUCCAGAUUGGACGCAAGAAGAUGGCUUUGGAUCACGUCGUGGUGGAGUCAUUGGAUGAUGAGGACAUCGAGGAUAAGGACGUCGAGUCUGUCCUUCGACACGGUGCUGCCGAACUGUUCUCCGACAAUGACAACCAUGACAUCAAGUAUGACCACAAUUCCAUUGAACAGCUCUUGGAUCGUAGUCAAAUCGAGGAUACCAAGACCGGUACGGACGCUUCAGCAGAGACGCAAUUCAGCUUUGCUCGUGUUUGGGCCAACGAUGCCGGUUCUCUGGAGGAUACGCUUCCUACAGGCGACGAACAGGAAGCCCCGCCUGACCCGUCGGUUUGGGAUAAAAUUCUUCAGGAACGUGAAAAGGCAGCUGCGGCGGAGGCUGCGGCGAAGGCACAGGCGCUCGGGCGCGGAAAACGUGCUCGUGGUCUCGUCGACUACAACGAUCGCCAAGACGGUGCUGAUGCCGCUGAAGGCUCCCCUGCCAAACCUCGCAGCCGUCCUCGACGUCACGGAGAUAGCGACAGCGACACAGACUUCCAAGCUGACGGGAGCGACGAUGAAGAAAGUCUUGCCCCAGAUGACCAGGUUGACGUUGGCGAGCUUGCACCAGCUCCUGAUGGCAAGGCCUCGGGCCUGGCUGUAGCCGGCCCAGCGUCCCAAAGGCAACGCAAGCCACGCGCCGGCCCCACUGUCUCAAAGUUCCAACGCGUCCCCGAACCGCAAUUCCCGCCGGGCUACCCUUCGGACCUGCCGGUGCCGGCUGGCCACGUGCGGCGCUGCCCGGCCUGCACCCGCACCCACCUCGUCGGCGCCUGCCCGCUCAAGCUCACGGGCGUCGAGCACUGCAACCUGUGCGGCCUCGCGCACUUCGGCGCCGGCCGCGCCUGCCCGCACAUCGGCUCCGAGACGCAGGUCCGCGAGAUGCUGCAGGCCCUCAAGCACAGCGCCGAACCCCGCCACCUCGUCGAGCUCGCCGUCAAGUACCUGCGCGGCGUCAAGGGCAAUCUCGUCCAGAAGAAGAAGCAGCAGGCGGAGAUGGAGCGGAGGGGGGCGGGACUGCCCGCGCUGCAGGCGGCGCAGUAUGCGGCGCAGGUGCAUAGGGAGCAGCUUGCGUUUCAGCAGCAGCAACAACAGGGUCAGCAGAGGCAGGGAGAAGGCAGUGGUGGUGGUGGUGCGCAGCAGCAUCAGCAGCAGCGCCACGUCUUGCCGAGUCAUCCAGCGUCGAUGAAUGUCGUCCCUGUGAGGUCGAACGCACAGCCGCCGCCGCCGGUGCAGGUUCUGCGAAGUAAUGGGUAUGCUAGUCCAGCAACUUCGAUUGGUAGUGGUGCGGGUCCUAGUGCCGGAGGACAUGACGAUGCUGAGGUUGCGGCGGCGUUGAGCGGGUACUUGGCGCGGGCGCAGCAGGCGCGGGCGGGCGGUGCUGGUCCGAGUGCUUGA